CAGCUGCUCUGUGGACAGGAGAGGAAUUCCAGUUUGGACCGAGAGGAGCCAGAAGCUCUGCAGAUAAAAGAAGAGCAGAAAGAACCAGAACAUCUAUGGACUAAAGAGGAAACCAUGGAGCUCCUCAUAAGUGAGCAUGAAGAGCAGCUUGUUGUGAAGCAGGAGACCGAAGACCAAAUGGAGGAACCUUUCCAGUGUUUGACAUUUGAGGAAAUCUUUCCAAAAAAAAAAAAUGUGAUGGAUCACAUGAGCACUCUCUCAGACUGCCUUCAGGAUUAUGUUGUAAAAGUGGAAGAUUUCUCUGACCAGCAGCUCUGUGAACAGAAAAGGAAUUCCAGUUUGGACCAAGAGCAACCAGAACCUCUGCAGAUAAAAGAAGAGCAGAAAGAACCAGAACAUCCCUGGAUAAAAGAGGAAACCAUGGAGCUCCCCAUUAGUGAGCAGGAAGAGCAGCUUGUUCUGAAGCAGAAGAUUGAAGAUACAGGAAAGAAAUCUUUCCCAUGUUUAACAUUUGGAGAGAACUUUCUGAAAAAUGAAAAUUUAAUGGAUCACUUGAGAACUCAAAGAGGUAAGAAGAUUUAUGAAUGCCUUACCUGUGGAAAAAUGUUCACAACGAAAUAUAAUCUUCAUACACACAUGAGAAUUCACAUUGGUGAGAAGCCUUUUAAAUGCCUGUACUGUGGAAAAUGCUUCAUUCGGAAAUCUGAUCUUUAUAGACACAUCCGAAUUCACUCAGGUGAGAAACUUGUUUCCUGUACCAUUUGUAACAAGAAGUUAAUUGACAAGAGUAAUUUGAUUUCUCACAUGAGAUUUCACACUGAUGAGAAGCCCUUUUCCUGUACCAUUUUUAACAAGAAAUUUAAUCAAAAGAGUAAAUUGACUUUUCACACGAGAAUUCAUACAGGUGAGAAGCCAUUUUCCUGCACAAUUUGUAACAAGAGCUAUCAUCAAAUUAGUAGUUUGACCAGACACAUCAGAACUCACACUGGUAAGAAACCAUUUCCCUGUACCAUUUGUAAAAAGAAUUUUACUCAAAAGAUUAACUUGACUUCUCACAUGAGAAUUCAUGCAGUUAAGACCUUUCAAUGUCUGUCCUGUGGAAAACACUUCACCACUAAGUCUGAUCUCAAUAAACACGUGAGAAUUCAUACAGGAGAGAAACCCUUUUCCUGUACCAUUUGUGACAAGAAAUUUACACUUAAAAGUAAUAUGACUAAACACAUGAGAAUUCACACAGGUGAGAAGCCUUUUUCCUGCACGAUUUGUAACAAGAGUUAUCAUCAAAUUAGUAGUUUGACCAGACACAUCAGAACUCACACUGGUAAGAAACCCUUUUCCUGUACCAUUUGUAACAAGAAUUUUACUCAAAAGAUUUACUUGAAUUCUCACAUGAGAAAUCAUGAGAAUCCCUUUCAAUGUCUGUCCUGUGGAAAACACUCCACCUCUAAGUCUGAUCUCAAUAAAAACAUGAGAAUUCAUACAGGAGAGAAACCCUUUUCCUGUACGAUUUGUGACAAGAAAUUUAUUCAAAAGAGUAAAUUGACUUUACACACAAGAAUUCAUACAGGUGAGAAGCCUUUUUCCUGUACCAUUUGUAACAAGAAUUUUACUCAAAAGAUUUACUUGAAUUCUCACAUGAGAAUUCAUGCAGUUAAGACCUUUCAAUGUCUGUCCUGUGGAAAACACUUCACCACUAAGUCUGAUCUCAAUAAACACAUGAGAAUUCAUACAGGAGAGAAACCCUUUUCCUGUACGAUUUGUGACAAGAAAUUUAUUCAAAAGAGUAAAUUGACUUUACACACAAGAAUUCAUACAGGUGAGAAGCCGUUUUCCUGCACGAUUUGUAACAAGAAUUAUCCUCAAGUUGGUAGUUUGAACAGACACAUCAAAACUCACACUGAGAAGCCUUUUCCUUGUACCAUUUGUAACAAGAAUUUUACUUAUAAGUAUAAUUUGACUUGUCACAUGAGAAUUCAUGCUGCUAAGAAUCCCUUUCAAUGCCUGUCCUGUGGAAAACACUCCACCUCUAAGACUAAUCUUGAUAAACACAUGAUAACUCACACAGGUGAGAAGGCCUUUUCCUGUACCAUUUGUGACAAGAAAUUUACACUUAAAAGUAGUUUCACUAAACACAUGAUAACUCACACAGGUAAGAAGCUGUUCUCCUGAAUAAUUUGUGACAAAGGUUUUAAAUGAGAAGGUAAUUUGAGUAUUCAGAUUACAUUUAUUCAUGCAUGAUGAAUAAGUGUCUAACUGCUGUGACUGCCCUAACAGUCACAGCAGUUAGACACCAGAGGAAUGAACAGUAGAAGCAUUUUCCAUGUUUGACUGAUGAUAAAAUGUCCAUCUAGAAACACCUUCACCUCAUUACAUGAGAAACUCACAGGUUAAUGGUCUUUUUCAAGAAAAGUUUUACGAAAGCCAUUAAUUAACAGCUCUGUUUACAUAGAAACUAGAACAGAUGAGGUUUUGUAUUGUAAACCUGGUUAAUAUUCAGGUCCUGGACGAAUAUGUGGAUGUGAACAUUUGAGUUAAUUAUUUUGGGGCUGAUAAAAAUUGGAUU